UCACUUGGCACCGGAAGUGAGCGUCUAGCGAAGGAUGCCGGGAAGCAGGUCGCAUGGGAAGUGCGUUUAGCAACCGGCCGUUCCCGGAAGCUGCGCUUAGGCGCGUUACCCUAAACAACACAGGGGUUGUGGCCCGGACUCUGUUAUUUGACAGCAACCUGGCUGAUUCUGCAAUCAAUAAAGGUCUGCGGGCUGUGACGUUUCGAUCCAACCCGACAGUUUUAUUCCUAAAAUGGGUAAAUGGCGCCUCCACAGGAUCCCUUGAGUGAAUGUGUGUACUCGAGUGGUUCUUUCUCACUUGGGGCGAUGUUCACAUGCCUAAGGCAGCAUCCCCACACCGACCAGCUCAGCCGGAUGGAACCAGGGGGCAACCCAUCGCGUCCCGGGGUCCCUCUGCCAGCUCCAGGCGCUGGUCAUUCUCUUGCUGAGAAGAGACUACCAUCGGGAGACCCUUCAGGUUUCCAACAGAGCUCCUUCACAAGUCCUGUACCUUGUGUAUCCUUUUUUAAGACAGAGUCUGCAAGCCGGGCGUGGUGGCGCAGCCUGUCAUCCCAGCACUUGGGAGGCGAAGGCAAGAUUUCAAAUUCCAGGACAGCUAGGUUAUAUAACAGACCCUCUAUCAAAAAGAAAAGAACAAACCGGGAAUGAUGGGGAGCUCCUUUAAUUUCAGAACUCUGGGGACAGAGACUGGCGAGUCUCUUAGUUCGAGGUUAGCAGCUCCAUCCCAGGACAGCCAGGUCUAUACAAAGAAAUCCUGCUCUCCACCUCCUGCUGCACCCCCCCCCAAAAAAAGGAAAAUAAGAAGAAAACUCUAAUAAUUUGUAGUAGUACAUGUUUUCAAAUUCAGAUAGUAAAAAAAUGAAAUGAAAUUUCAGGUCUCAAAUCACUGCUGAGGGAAUAGACAUCUAUACUUAGUCCUUAAAGUUUUUUUUUUUUAAAGAUUUGUGUGUAAGUGUGUUGUGUGUUCCCAGUGUGUCAAAGAAGUUGGAUUUCCCAGAACUAAGAGUUAUAGGCAGAUGAGCCCUGAUGUUGAUUCUUGGAACCAAACUUGUGUCCUCUAGAAGAGCAAUACACAGUCUUAGCCACUGAACCAUCUCUCCAGCCCUAUUUGCCUCCUCACUUUCUUUUCAAAACUAAGUUUAGCAUACACAAAGCACUAAGCUUUGUUCACUCCACAGUGUAUGUUGAGACUUACUUCUUACUGGUACACAGACUUCAAUUGUUUUUAGUGGCUUUACAAUGGCAUGUUAUUCAAUACACUGUACUUAGUUCUUUAGUGGAAGUCCUUUUCCUAAUCUGCAACUAAGAAAUAUCACAGGGGCAUCUCUGUGAUUUGGAUGCCAGCCCAGUCCACGUAUUGAGUGCAGCCAGAUGUACAUAGUAAGACCCUAUUUUCAGAGAAGAGGUGGGAGCUGGAAAGAUGGCCCAGGGGUUAAGAGAAACUGCUCUUGCAGAGGAUCUGAGUUGAGUUCCUAGCACCCAUGCCUAGUAGCUCACAAGCACCUGGAACUACAGAUCCAGACGGAUGCGGUACGUCUGCCUACUAUGACUGCCCACACUCAUAUGUACAUAGCCCGACAUAGGAUAGGUUUCAGCCCCUUUGGGAACAGUUUCCAGGCUCUGAAAAUGUUAAAUGUACAGAGGAAAUAGCCAUGUUUACUAUGAUGUUUACAUUUAUUGAAAUAUAUGGUCCAGCACUGUGGACCAUACAUGUAGCCCUGUCACUUAGGAGGACAAAAGGGUUAUCAAGAGUUCAAGGCCUGCCUCAUACAUAAUAAGUUCCAAGUCACAAAGUAAAACCUUAUCUUAAAAAUAAAACAAAUAGUAUAUGGUAUUCAAUAAAUAUAUACAUGGUGGGGGGCUUACUGGGGAUCAAAUCAAGGGUCUUAUACAUGCUGAGCCAGUGUUCUACAACUCAGCUGUACUACCUUCAACCCCAUGUAAGUUUAUUUUUUUAAUUUUUUAAAAAGACUCAUUUAUUAUAUAUGAGUACACUGUAGCGAUCUUCACACACACCAGAAGAGGGCACCAGAUUUUAUUAUAGAUGGUUGUGAACCACCAUGUGGUUGCUGGGAAUUGAACUCAGGACCUCUGGAAGAGCAGUCAGUGCUCUUAACCACUGAGCCAUCUCUCCAGCCACUGCCCCCCAUGUAAGUUUAUGGGAAGACAUUUGUCUAUACAAAUACUGGUCCCAGUGAUCUCAGCACUAUGCAUCAUAGCCAAAAACUUGGGACUAAGCCAAGCAUCUGUGACUAAUACCUGGACAAACAAAAUACAACUUACCUAUACAUUGAAAUACUGCAUUUAAAAAAAGAUUUUACAGGGAUUAGGGAAAUGACCCAGCAGUUAAAAGUGCCUGCUUCUCUUCAGAGUCCCAUUCCCAGCACUCUGGGAUGUCAUUAUCAGGCAGCUUUUCAAGUACCCAUGACUUCAACUCCAGAGGAUCAUAUACCCUCUGACCUCCAUAGGCAUCUGCAUAUCAGACAGAUACACAACUAAAAGUAAAUCUUUGAUCACAUUUUACAUAACUGGGUAUAGAGGCUUAUUCCUUUAAUAAUGAAGUUGAUCCCAGCACUCAGGAGGCAUUCAUUAGGUCCAGGCCAGUCUGGUUUCCAGAGUGAAUUUCAGGCUAGUCAGGGAUUCUUGGUGAGACCUUGUCCCAGAAACAAAACCAAAUUACUAUGUACAAGCUAGUACAUAUAUUCAUGUAUAUGUGUAUUUAGAAAUAUGUUUCUCCAUUAUUUUUGUGCAUAAUCAGCAGUGUAUUAUAUAGUCUAAUUUGCACCUAAAAUAUUUUUUCAAGAAUUACAAGCAGAUUGCCUUAUCCCAUUUUAGUGAAAAAGCAUUGAGAGACAGAGAAGAUGGUUUUUGUUUUUGUUUUUGUUUUUUUUAAGAUUUAUUUAUUAUAUAUAAGUACACUAUAGCUGUCUUCAGACACACCAGAAGAGGGCAUCAGAUCUCAUUACAGAUGGUCAUGAGCCACCAUGUGGUUGCUGAGAUUUGGACUCUGGGCUUCUGGAAGAGCAGUCAGUGCUCUUAAUCACUGAGCCAUCCAGCCUGAGAAGAUGGUUCUUGAGGUGAAGUUCCUGCCUUACGAGCAUGAGGUCUGGUCCUCAGGUAGAGAGGCUGCCAAGUGUUCUACCUAGAGGAGCUGGAAUUUGACUGGAACCCUAAGCAAGAGCUUUGCCGGUGGGGAUGGAAUGUCUGCAGUGUUACAUCAGAGUUCAGCCUUCAGAGGACUUAGGCCAAGUGGCACACCUCACUACAAAUGAGCUUGCCUGGUUUUGUGCUAUCUGAUCGUCACAAACUAAUGAAACACAUGUUAGGUCUUAAGGACACAAGUUCCACUGUUCUCCAGGUGCCCUGGCAGCUGGUACAGGGACUGUGAACAAUGGAACCAAACUCUCAGAGGACUAAAGUCCCAGCUUUCUUAUCUGACUUGGGGAAGGCCACAUUGAGGGGAAUCAGGAAGUGUCCCCGAUGUGGUACGUACAAUGGAACCCGUGGGUUGAGCUGUAAGAACAAGACAUGUGGAACCAUAUUUCGCUAUGGUGCCCGAAAGCAGCCUAGCAUUGAAGCUGUCAAAAUCAUCACAGGCUCUGAUCUACAGGUCUACUCGGUGCGGCAAAGAGACCGAGGCCCUGACUACCGAUGCUUUGUGGAGCUAGGUGUUUCAGAGACCGCGAUCCAGACCGUGGAUGGUACAAUUAUCACUCAGCUGAGCUCUGGCCGAUGUUAUGUCCCCUCCUGCUUGAAAGCUGCCACUCAGGGCAUCGUGGAGAACCAGUGUCAACACAUCAAGCUAGCAGUGAACUGCCAGGCAGAGGCCACCCCUCUGACCCUGAAGAGUUCAGUCCUGAAUGCUAUGCAGGCUCCCCCAGAAACCAAACAGACCAUCUGGCAGUUGGCCACGGAACCUCCGGGUCCCCUGGUACAGAGAGUCACGAAAAGCAUUAUGGUAGUGAAAUGCAAAGCCAGCCAGAAGCACAACUUGGGCUAUUUGCACACGUCCUUCAUGCAGAAAAUCAGCUCCAGAAGCUUGCCAGAGCGCCGUUUCUUCUGCUCCUGCCAGACUCUGAAGUCACACAAGUCCAGUGUCCCCAAGGCUGAGGCAGCCCCAAAGUGCAUCCACUUCUUUGCUUGCCUCUGUGCCUUUGCCAGUGAUGAGACAUUGGCUCAGGAAUUCUCGGACUUUCUAAAUUUCGAUGCCAGUGGUCUUAAAGAGAUAAUUGUGCCCCAGUUAGGCUGCCAUGCAGAAUCAUCUGUCUCAGCUUGUGAGUCCGCUGCCUCUAAGCCCCGGAAGAGGAAGAAGAAUGAAAUGUCUGGUGCACAGGUGACCAGCUCACUGAUGCCACAAGAUGCAGUAAACAGCAAUCUAAGGAAGAGUGGCCUGAAAAAGCCCAUGGUUACGUCAUCACUGAAAAGGCAGGUCUGUGGUCAGCUGUUAGAUGAGGCACAGGUGACCUUGUCUUUCCAAGACUGGCUGGCCAGUGUCACAGAGCGCAUCCAUCAGACCAUGCACUAUCAGUUUGACGGCAAACCAGAGCCCCUGGUGUUCCACAUUCCUCAGUCCUUUUUUGAUGCCUUGCAACAGAGAAUAUCCACAGGAAGUGCAAAAAAGCGGCUCCCCAACUCCACCACAGCCUUUGUUCGGAAAGAUGCCUUGCCCCUGGGAACCUUUUCCAAGUACACCUGGCAUAUCACUAAUAUUCUGCAAGUCAAACAAAUCUUAGACACCCCAGAGAUGCCCCUGGAAAUCACACGUAGCUUCAUCCAGAACCAGGAUGGGACUUACGAGCUAUUUAAAUGCCCUAAAGUGGAAGUGGAGAGCAUAGCGGAAACCUACGGCCGCAUAGAGAAGCAGCCUGUGCUGAGACCUUUGGAGCUGAAAACCUUCCUCAAAGUUGGGAACACUUCCCCAGAUCAAAAGGAGCCAACACCCUUUAUCAUCGAGUGGAUCCCAGAUAUCCUCCCACAAUCCAAGAUUGGUGAGCUUCGAAUCAAGUUUGAGUAUGGUCAUCACCGGAACGGACAUGUGGCUGAUUACCAGGACCCGAGGCCACCCAUGGACCAGCCUUUGGAGCUGGCCCCUCUGACUACUAUCACUUUCCCUUGAGGCAAAUCAAGAGUAUUUUGCAGAGUUUGCACAUCCCAACUGCUGAGGACUGUAAAUCCUAGUAGCACUUCUAUAAUCCCUGCCGAUGAACCGCACUUGGCUAAGAUGCAGUUACUCAGCCCAUCCGUGUGUGUUCUGCAGAAGACUUUUGUAAACAGCCUUGUGUGUACAGUCUUCGUUACAAAUUGGACACUUAUUUCUGACCAGAGUUUUACAAAAGUCCAGCUCACUGGUUUCUCCUGGAGUCACCUGCAGCUUGUUUUCUGUAAUUCUCUAAAGUCACAGCACUGGAUCUUAGCUAACAGUGUUGGAAAGUUAAUGGUGCCCUGGGCCGAGCAGAAUCCUCUCUCUCUCUCUGCCUGAGAGCUCCAAUCAUACUCUUUAUCCUGAUAACAAAUAAAGUACAAUGUCACUAGUUUUUCCAAA